UCACUGCUGGAGAGAAGUGCGCUUCUUCACUUCACAGCUUUCGUCUCUUUUUCGUUGCGACUCUGACAUAAAGCCGCCGUUCUGACUGCAGAGAUCAGAGUGAAGCCUGAUCUGGGUCUCGGACUUCUGCUCCAUCUGACGGGUCCAGAAGACAAACGGUCCAUUGGUCUCAGAUGUUUUGUGGAGACAUGAUGGCGGAUGAAGGACAUGAUCCUCCGCUGAAGCGCAGCAGCAGCUUUUGGUUUAUUCCACCGAGCAUGUCGGCGCUGAGGCUGGUUCUGUUGGGGAACAGCUGGUCUGAGAGGAGCUCAGUGGGAAACUUCAUUCUGGGAAUGAACGCAUUCAACAUGGAGGAAGAACCGCGUCAAUGUUUCUGUGUCUGCAGGGAAUCCAAGGACAAAAGAAUCGUUCUCAUCAACACCUCAGAUCUCCUGCAACCAAACAUCUCUCCGACAGAACUGAGAGAACAUACAGAACGUUGUGUGAGUCUCUCUGAUCCUGGACCUCAUCUGUUCCUGCUGGUUAUUCAGCCUGAAGUCUUCACUGAGGAGAACAGUCAGAGGCUUCAGUCCUUCCUGGAGAGCUUCAGUGAGCAGUCAUGGACUCAUUCAGUCUUACUGAUAUCAGCAGCUGGAGAGGAGACGCUACAACCUGAUCAGGAAACUUUCCCCUCAUUGAGAGACUUGAUUGAGAAAUGUAGAGUCAAACUAUUGUGGAACAAAAACCUCCAACAACACCUGUUGACACACAUGUGUGACAUGAUGAAUCAGAACAACGGGGAACACGUGACACUGGAUCUUUUCAGUGAUGCACGUUCAGAUUCGCCCUCUGGUGUCGAAAGUUGUCAGCAAGAAGGAGAUCCUCCCAGCUUCAACCAGGAUCCUGUGGAUGGAGACCAACACGGACUCAAGAUCGUGUUGUUUGGAAAAAGCGAUGACAAGAAAAUAUCACUAGGAAACCUCAUCACUGGAAAACUAGAGUUAAAAGCACCACAACUUUGGGAACGUAAAGCGCCAUUCUCUCGGCUUUAUGGAGGGAAACAGUGUGUGUCUGUCAGUGGAGAGUGGGACAGAAAACCUUUGACAGUGGUGAAAACUCCAAACGUCUUUAAUAUGUCAGUGGAAGCAGUGAGAAAGGUGAUAAAGAAAUGUGUGGAGCUCUGUUCUCCAGGACCAAAUGUUCUGCUGCUGCUAGUGAAACCCUCUGAUAUCACUGAAGAGGACAGAAAAACUCUGAUGUCCAUCCUGGGUCUGUUUGGUCAGGAUGUUUUGAAACACUCCAUGGUCGUCCUGACUCAUGAAGAUGAAGGUCGUCACCCCACAGUAGACACACUCAUCCAGGACUGCCAGCAAAAGGUUCACAGCUUCACUGCUGACUGGAAGAAUCUUUCCAGACAUGACCUUCAAGAGUUGAUGCAGAAAAUGGAAAGGAUAGUGAACACCAACAGAGGAGAGUUUCUGGCAGCAGAUAAAGAAACAGACAUUGAAACAGUGAGAAGAGAAGUCAAACCUCCUGUGAACCUGGUGUUGUUUGGCAGAAGAGGAGCUGGAAAGACGUCAGCAGUCAAUGCUAUACUGGGACCAGGAAGGUUUGGACCAGCUGCCAACUCCUCAGAGUGUGUCAGAAACCAGGGAGAGGUGUAUGGACGGUGGGUCUCUGUGGUGGAGCUGCCUGCUUUGUGUGGAAGACCUCAGGAGGAGGUGAUGGACCAGGCUCUCAGGUGUGUCUCCCUCUGUGAUCCUGAAGGUGUCCAUGCCUUCAUCCUGGUCCUGCCUGUGGAUCCACUCACUGAUGAAGACAAGGGAGAGUUAGAGACCGUCCAGAAGACCUUCAGCUCUCGAGUCAAUGACUUCACCAUGAUUCUGUUCACUGUGGACUCAGAUCCUUCACAUCCAGCCAAGGUCAACUUUGUCGAAAAAGACAACGAAAUGAAGAAACUACGUGAGAGCUGUGGAGGAGGACAUGUCAUUGUCAACAAGAACAAGAUCCAAGUGUCUGAGCUGCUGAAAGUUGUGGGGAGGAUAUCUGACACUUUCACAAUACAAACACUUGCAUUUGGCCAAAUCAAUCAGGUCAUUCAAAAAGACAGAAGAGUCAAUGAGCUGCAGGCUGAACUCCAGAAACUUCAGAAGAGCAGAAAGACUGGUGUUGAAGAAAAGCUGAGGUCAGACUGUCUCCGGAUUGUUCUUCUCGGGAAGACUGGCAGUGGAAAGAGCUCCUCAGGAAACACCAUCCUGGGAAAAGAUGUGUUUACAGUGGAUUUAAGUCAAACGUCCGUCACCAAAUAUUGUCAGAAAGCAUUAGGUGAAGUGGACGGUCGUGCUGUGACUGUGGUCGACACUCCUGGACUGUUUGACACCAAUUUGUCCCAUAAACAGAUUCAAGAGGAGCUGGUGAAAUGUGUCAGUCUUCUGGCUCCAGGACCACACGUCUUCUUACUGGUCUUACAAAUUGGGCGACUCACCAAUGAAGAGAAGGAGACCCUGAAACUCAUCAAGGAGGGUUUUGGUAACAAUUCUGAAAAAUAUACCAUCGUCCUUUUCACACAAGGAGAUUCACUGGAACGUCAUAAAAAGUCCAUUGACCAGUACAUUCAAGAGAAAUGUGAUGAUUCCUUCAAGAAGCUGAUCAGAGACUGUGGAAACAGAUACCACGUGUUCAAUAACUACAGCGAAAAUAAAAACACACAAGUCAGGGAUCUGAUGACAAAGAUCAACGCCAUGGUGGAGGAAAACAAUGGCUUGUGCUACACUGACGAUAUGCUGCAAGAAGCCGAAGCAGCCAUCCAGAAAGAAAUGAAGAGACUCCUGAAAGAGAAAGAAGAAGAGAUGCAGAAAAGGAUUGAAGACCUUGAAAGAGAACACAACGAAGAGAAAGAAUCCAUGACAAGAGAAAUGGAGGAGCAAAGAUCAGAAAUUGAAAAGGGGAUGCUGCAAAAGGACAGAAAACUGAAAGAAAUGAAAGAGCAGAUCAACAAAGAACAUGAAGAGAGGAAGAAAGAACAAGACAUGAGAGAAAAAGAAGAACGCAAGUGGAGAGAUGAGAAGAAGACAUGGGAAGAAAAACUGGCAACACAGGAGGAGGAAUUCAAAGCAAAAUCAGAAUCUGAGGCAAACAAGCUAAGAAUGGAGAUGAAACUGCAACACGAUGCCUGGGAGAGGGAGCGAGAUCAGUGGAACGAGAAACGAAGCAUAGAAGAUGAAGAGAGAAAGCAGAGGGAGAAGAAACUUCUGGAAGAAUACACUCAGUUAAAGCAUGAAUAUGAAAACAAGAAAGAAGAGGAUGACCGCAUCAGAGAACGCCAUGAAAACGAACAAAAAGAAUUACAAGAUAAGUUCAGUGAAGAACUGGAAAACCUCAGAAUGACUUAUGAGGAGGAAGCCAGGCAGAAAGCUGAAGAGUUUAAUGAGUUCCAAGAAAAAUACAAAAAGGAUCUUGAGGAUCAGAAGCAACAACAUCAACAAAGCAUGAAAGAUAAAGAUGAAAAAUAUGAUCUUUUGAAGGCUCUUAAAGAGUGCAACGAAAGGGAAAAGAUCAGAAAGCACAGAGAACAAAUCAGUGACCUGGUGAAAUGUGUGAUGAAGAAGAAAAGCAAUGUGACAGAAAUCAGUGGCUUGUUGAUGAAACACGAGGAACAAAUGAAACAAGCAAAAUCUGAGACGGAACAAGAACGACUACAGAAAAUCCAGGAAGAAGAAACUGUUGAGUUGAUCGAGAAACUUCUUCAUCCAGAGGAGUCCAAAAAGUACUGUAUUAUUUUGUGAGAGACAUGAUGCGACUUUCAGGUGGAGCAGCGGUUUGCCCAUAUGCCUCACAUCCUGCAGACUCCAGUGAGAGUCCAGUCCUUUUCUGCAUGGAGUUUGCACGUUCUCCCUGUUCCUGCAUUGACCUGCUUCCUCCGGCAAUCCAAAUACUUGUUUUUUUUAUUUGCUGACCUCCUGAAGGUCAACAUGUAUCAAAAGACCCUCAACGAUAUUGAGACUUGUGUACUAACUGAAAUAACAAAACAUUCUCUCAUUUAUAUUGAAAUUAGGGUAUUUUUUGGCCUCCUUCUCAUCUCUGGACUCUGUGUGUUUGGUUUGUUGUGUACUUUGUAUCUGUGUGGCAGAGUGGAAGAGAACCAGCCUCUGACAUGUGAUAUAAGGGUUCAUGUCGUGACGCCACAUGGGGCUUAGUCUGGGAUGUCCUGAUCAGAAUAAAUGGCCCCCAAUGUUUUUAUCAUAUUUCUUUUUGGAAUUCAGCUUCAUCAGAUGGUUUUUUCACCUUCCUUUUCUUUGAGAUAGCUUGUUCGCUGCUGUGAAGCUGAAGCUGCUGCAGUGGAACUCUUAGAUGGGCCUUUACAGCAAACUGCUUCAGGAAAUAGAUCGUAUGUUUUUAAUCAAAGAUGCAGACUUCAUCCCGAUCUGGUCAGGACAUCCCUGACAUUGGCUCAUGGCAAUUCAUUUGUUUUGUGAUGGAGUACCAUUGUAGUAUUGUAGUGGUAUUGUAUUGUAUUAUUGUAGCUUCCUGAUUCAUGUUGUCAUUUUACUGUACUUUCAUUUACAGUAACUGCAAACUCAACUUUUCUGAAAUGUUGCUACUGCGUAUGCAAGAGUCAUUGGAUGAAAACACCGUUUGCCUCCAGCAUCAUGACUCCCAGUUCAUAGUCUCCUGGACUUGGUAGUUUUGUAGUUGAGUCACCCAAACAGGCAAUUUCACUUGGUGGUCUGUCCAUAUGAAUGUCUUUAUACUCACCAUUGUCAAUGUUUAUAAGGUAUUGUUCUCUGUGUGUGGUUUCAUGAUAAAAACAACAAACAGCAGCCACUGGUGGUCUGGCAUGCCAACUGCACCAUUUUCAGCCCUUCUGCCAUUUCAUGGGAACAGAAAUCAUUUUCAAAAUGUGACCAUGGAAUCACAAAACUUUCCUGAAAUAAAAAUGCAAAACAAAUAAUUUUCAUUGUAAACGUGGUGUAAAAGGGGCCUUAUCUGAUCUGCCAGUAUAGUCAAUGUAUUCCUCUGAAUUUUAACUGUUGUAUUUACAUAUUGUUCUGAAUCUAUUCAGCCUUUGAAACCAUAUUUUCUUCGUGCUAUUCGAGAUUUUCUGUCUGCAGCAGGGAUCCUCUGUUGGAUUUCCUAAUAAAAGAAUGAUUGGUU